GCUUCUCGGCUUGAUGAUGGCAGUGCAGCUGCUCAUUCAACAUGAUGGCUUGUGUUUUCACUGCUGGGGCUUUGCUGCUUGUUUUGCUGACUGGUUCAAGUUACAGCCGCCCUGUGAAGAAAGAUAAUAAUCCCAGCUCAAGCAGCAGUCAUGGUGCAAACCCUCCUGUUGGCUCAAAUUGGGUAAUGCCUUCCUAUGGUAGAUAUGCCCCUUCAGCUACUGAUUCGGGGGCUCUCUCAAAUCCAGCUCCUGCACAAGCUGUCCCAGACAAAAAAUAUACUUAUUCGCAACCCACUGGGCAGAAACAACCUAACGCUGCUGCACCUGUACCUCCAGGCUACGCUUUUCAACCAGCCACUAUCCAAGAGGGCCCCUCAUCCUGGGCUGUUGACCCUCCUAGGCUUCCUUCUGGUAGCGCUCAACGGGUGUCCAGUGGCCCUGAUCCUCUUGCCUCCAGCUAUGUCAGCCCUUAUUAUCCACAGUACCAGGGAGGUGAAUUGUCAAAAUAUGAAGGCGACUUUGAGCACAGCAACUCUGAAUCUGAGACUGAAACAUCAGGCUUCCAGCCAUACCCUUACUUUGACAAUGUUCAAGCCCAACCACAGUUCACCAGUGAUGUUCAGCCUCCAUUCUAUGGCCGUAGCUGGCCUUUUCUUCCUUAUCCGUAUGACUACAUGUUCAUGACCGGCCAGUAUCCUGCAGGCACACUCACUCACUCGAGCCAAAGCUCUGAGCAGGGAGCAGACCAGUGGCAAGACUCACACUACAUUAGGGACCACGUUCCCAGAACUCGGCAGGCUGAGAUGGUACCUCAGACCUACAAGCAGCCCAGCCAAUCUGUGGCACAAAGCACUGGCAGUGUAUACUAUCCCUACCAAAGAAUUGGUCAGGCAGCUCAAUAGGUGGACAUGGAAUGAGCACGGUUGGCUACUAAAUUGAUCCCGGCACACCUGUCUGUGGUUUCAAUAAAGAUCUCUUUAACUUCA